UUGAUGACGUUUAAAAAAAAAAAGUGAGUUGUGGUGAUGGUUGUAAUUACUCUUAUAAAAUAAAACUGAACAGAAACUAUUUCAAGCGGUCUGAAGAUGCCUUUUAAAGGGUUACGUUUUGCAGGAAAGGGAAUAUUGUUAGUACGCAGAGCCCUCCUCGAGCACCCAAGGCACCGAUCAGAACAGCUCGCUUCAUUGAGGUUGGUUAGCUCUGAUGGGAAACCAGAAGCUAAGAAAGCACCACUAAGGACUCCAAAAACCCCACAAGGUAGAUUUGAUAGUCCCGAGCAAGCUCCUAAGGAGACAGAUCCUCUGGAAAGAUUUCCUGAUGACAUAAACCCAGUUACUAAAGAGAAAGGAGGACCAAGAGGCCCUGAGCCAACUCGAUAUGGGGACUGGGAGAGAAAGGGACGAUGCAUUGAUUUUUAAUCCAACGAGAAUGUCAUAAUAUAUGCUUAUUUCUUGUCUGAGAAAUGUUAAGUUCAGAGGAUGAAGAAAUACAUUGAACAGUGAAAAAUAAAAAGAUGAAUCCCCUUUCUUCCUGUUUUGUCCCCCCCCCCCCCAAAAGAAAACAACUUCUUUGUUAACAAGCUGACAGGUACAGAGAUAUGCCUGGUGGAAAAUGUGUGGUAGCAAAUUACAAUAUUAGACAUAUUUGGCCUAUAGUUACAGACUUCUGAAACACUCAUUAGACCCUGGAUUUUCCACUGUGGGUCCUAUGUCUUGUGGCAUUACGACUCCCUGGCACAUACUGUAGUACUAUUAUUUAAAUGCCCCUUAGGAAGUUUGUCGUGCUAAAGAAGAACACAUGAAAGGAACUGAGUUGUUGAAGCGUUGGCUAUAUGUUCUAUUAUUUUUCUUAAGUUAUAGCAUUCAGAAAUGGCAUGAAAAUGGCUUUUAUUAAGUAUUUUGUAAAUAAAAUGCUGUAACAAUACAGUUGUAUAUUAUACUGUGUUUUUUAGUGUCAUGAAUGUGUUGCCUCUAUUGUUUAUGUAAAUAUUAAUGUAUAGUACACUAUAUGAUUAGGAAAGUUAUUCCUCAAAUGGGAAGUCGACAGACAUUUCAUACAAGUUUUAUUGUCAAAGCUACAUCAAUAUAUGUGACUUGUAUAUGUAAACAAUAAAAAUUGCCUUAAAUCCA